AUGGUUUACUUCUUCAAAGCAGCCGUCAAGUCCGAUCUUGACGACUUUGCUAUCUCAGACGAGGCUUCUGAGUACACCAUUUACAUGGGCAGAGACAAGGUGGAAAAUGAUACCCUUUUGAAGAAAUCGCACCCCAAGAACCUCUGGUUCCACGUCGAUAAGCAUAGUUCUGCCCAUUUAUAUAUCCAGCUCAGUGCCGAUGAACAAAGUCAAAAGUUUGAAGACCUCAAGCUCAAUGAGGAUCUUCUUAGUCAGAUCGGCCAGCUUACGAAAGCCAACUCGAUCAAGGCCAAUAAGCUCAACAACAUAUCUGUGAUAUACACGCCGGUGGACAAUCUAAGGUCAGAUGGGUCCAUGGACAUUGGUACUGUGACUUUUGUCAAUCCCCAAAAGGUGAAGCGAGUUCAUAUUUCGAAGAAGGAGAAUGCCAUCAUCAACAAACUCAAUAAAACGAAGACGGAGAUGAGCACGGAGGAAUUCGCUAAACAGCAAGACGAGGUCCUCAAGCAAUGGGCACGAGACAAAAAAGAACUACAAAGGCAACAGGAACAAAAGGAGAAGGAGACCGCCAAGCUGUACGAGCAACAGAAGGAGUUCAACAAAGACCCAUACGCUAGCAUGUUUUCUGAAGAGAAUCUUCGAGCCAGCAGCAACGAAUUCCGCAAUGAAAACUGGGUCGAGGAAGAGUUCUGGUGA